AUGGCACAGGGGACCAAACUAGGACCAAUCAUCACCCAUACACAGACACUGCACACCAUCUCCGCCACCACAGGCCCCCCUCACCAUCCAAUGACACCAGCUGGAAGUGACAGGCCCCCCUGGUGGUGGGUUGUUAUCGUCUUUGUGUGCCAGGCGCUGUGGGCCGCCAUCUUGAUAAUAGCAAUACUCAGUCUGAUGGCAGAAAUAUGCAAAUGUACAUGGACUUGUUGUAUUUGCACAGAGACAUGUUGUUGUUGUUGUACAUGUACAUGUACAUGUGGGGCGAUGAAUCUCUUGGCAUGUAUGGGACCUCUGGUUGGAGUCUUGUUGGCAAUUGCUGUGAUCAUAAUGGCUGUUGUUGACGGUGGAAAUGAACGUCAACAGGGAUUUCUCGCAAUCGUCUUAUUAUCUGCUGGUGCAGCCGUAAUGAGCAUCGCAGCAGCAAUUGGUGGAUUUCUGUUCAAAUCGUUUGACAACGGUAUGAACUUACCUGUUUCAACCAUGUUACUUGAGUUCUCUCUGGGUUUGACGAUUGCUAUUGCUGGGAUUGUGGUGUCUGCAGUCUAUUUACAAGGCGAUGAAGGAGUAGCCGUCAUUGCCAUCGGAAGUGUCUGUAUUGUUAUCUUGGCUGCAGCCUUCAUUUGGUUCAUGUGUUGUGUCAGGAAACAGUCAAGCAAAGUUUCCCAAGAUUUGAGUGAAAUCAGGUCACAACACCAGGUUGAGCUUCAACAGCAGUCGUUGGAAGAUGCGUACCGACCUGCACAUUCCGCGGCUAAUAAUGAGAAAGAAUGAAGCUUAAAAAGAAGAAUUUUGACCCAACUGGCAACCCGUCUUAGCCUGCCUUAUGCAUACUGACAUCAGUUACGACCAUAUGUGAAUUUGGAUGAACAGUACUGGUGGCUUCAGUAGGUCUUAGAGAUACACCAGCUUGUCAUACUAUUUAAAAUAUUAGGGGAAAGGCUGUUUUGUAUGAUCGGCGUCCCUAAGCACGAGGUUCAUCAGCGGAAAAAGACCUCCUGCCUUCUCUUUAGUUUCCUGAGUUUGAAUAUUAGAAGAAGAAUCUUGUUUUAACUUACGUGUGAACUGUAAACAUACAUAUAGUCAUACUACACAAGAAAUUCAACUAAUGCAUGUACAACAAAACAAUGUGGCGAAAAUGUAAUUGUAUCAUCAUCAUCUUCAAAUAAAUUGAAAUUGUACUUGAAUAGAAAAUGUACAGAUAUAUGUUAUCAAUGAAUUCGAUUACUUUUAAACACAUGCGUUGCUAUAUGUAACAGAAUCUAUCGCCCGUUUGCUUAUCUUUGAAUUAUACAAAUUAUAUCGAAUGUAUUGAUAGUCCAGCGAUGUGAAUGUCAGAAAGUGUUCCUUCUUAGUUUGUCAGUCUUAGAAUCGCAUGUAGAAAUGCUGUUUGAUUGUGUUUCAGAUCGUGACUUUUGUAGUAGUCUAAGAGUUUGUCAAUGUUAAUGUACAGUAAAAGUUAAAGCGAAAUUAAUUAUACAUAUAAUGUCGUGUCAAACACGGCAAGCAUAAUACUCUUUAAUGAUUACUCUUUGUUUUAAAUGUACGCAUGCAUUUUUGUUUGUUUUUAUUUUACUUAUGGAUAUGAUUUGUGUUUAAAAAAUGACAGCUAUGUAAUUUACAACGUUUAGUCCUAAGUGUUAAAGACAAUCUGAUGUUUUCUUUUCUGUCGAAUCUUUUGGUUGUGUUGGGUUUCGCAAAAAAAAAUCCGAACAGGAUUAGAAAUUGAGAAAGGUAUCAUAAAGAAAAUGCUCUGUAAUUUUUCCACUCUCACUCUGAUUUGUACUAGGCACUGUUACAUACAUUUCGUAUGUAUUUAAAUGUAGAAUAAAGAUGUCACGUAUGAUAAAUCCGUGUGUAGUAAAUGUGAAUAGUAUAUGAUUUAUUUUUAAACUACUUGGGUGACUAUUUGUAUCAAUAAUCCGAAAAGGUCAGGCUAGCUGUUGAUUUAUACUUUUCAGACAUAUAUUGUCCUGGGCAGGACUGUACUGUUUAUAGAUAUAUAGUAACAGAAAUCAUACAUUUCAAAUAGAUGUAUGUUAUUUAAAAAAGUCUUUAAAAACUUUUUUUAACCUCCUUGAUUGGCUGGAACCGUGAACAAAGGGUAUUCCCAGUUAACUUCAAAGUAUGCGACAAAAAUACAACAGCAAGUGCAGAUAACAGAAUAAUAAUAUUCGUUACGGCUUGUGUUGCCAACAGCAGUAUCAUUGACUUCGAAAUGACGUCAUAAAAUGUUGAUACCAGUUGGGCAACCUGUAUCACAAGAACCCAAACUUUGCAAGUAUGUACUUCAAAGGUAAGAUAGUGGUUUAUAUUUAAUAUAAAUUUCAACGUCAGAAUGAUUUUACUUUGGGCCUUAUAAUAGAUGCAAAAUAGCAUAAAUGACAAAUUAUCAAAAUCAUGAAACUUGACCCAUUUUAAAGGACAAUUGCAGGGCGAAGAAAAAAGACCUCGUAUUGGGAGAUAAAGGUUAAUUCUGAACGCACUAUAAUUGAUAUCUGAACUGUGUCCCAAAGACUCUCUAUAUCUAGUAUCAAACAGUGUACAGUUGUUGUAAAUAGUUCUAAUUUACUUUUAAUGACGGUGUUACGUAUUAAUGAUUUGCAUUUAAAUUGUAAUAAGUUGUACACUUCGAAUUUGUUUAUCCAAUAAUCAUGUUUGUGUAAAAUAAUGUACAAAAAGACUGUCAAGCAGUGCAAUUCAGCCCCUCGGGCUGCAAGACCGCUUUUAAUUUGUCAUACUUGUUUAAUAAACCAGUCUACUACUUC